AUGCCCAGCGCCAAAUACCAGCCUGCGCCGCAGCGCGACCCGUUCGAGGACGAGCCGUCCACGCGCUACACUCAGGCGCCACCCUCAUACCAGGAGCAGAGUGCGCAGUCGCCGCUGCUCGGCCCGGCGAGGACGGAGAACGACAACUUGCCGGAUGACUUCAAGUUCGGCGGUGUAGUCGCUGAGGCGACUUUGGACAUCAGGAUGGCCUUCGUGAGGAAGGUGUAUGCAAUCCUGACCGUGCAGCUCCUUGCCACUGCCGCGCUCAGCAGCGUAUCCUUCUUCUCGACCGGCUACCGCACCUGGAUCCAGACCAACGCCUGGAUGCUGUGGGUGUCCCUGUUUGGCGCCAUCGCCUUCAUGGGCCUCACCUUCUGGAAGCGCAAGUCGUAUCCAACAAACCUGCUCUUCCUCAGUGGCUUCACUGCUCUGGAGGCGUACUCGAUCAGCGUCAUCGUCUCGUUCUACGAGUCGCGCGUCGUGCUGACGGCUCUCAUCUUCACGCUCGGCAUCUUUGUUGCCCUCACGCUGUUCGCUUGCCAGAGCAAGUAUGAUUUCACGUCGUGGAUGCCAUAUCUGUUCGGCGCUCUAUGGGUCCUCAUCCUGUUCGGAUUCAUGACCAUGUUCUUCCCGUACAACGACAAGAUCGAGCUGGCCUACGGCGUCAUUGCGGCGCUCAUCUUCUCGGGCUACAUUUUGGUAGACACGCAGCUCGUCAUGCGCCACUACCAUGUCGAGGAGGAGAUUGCAGCGUCCAUCAGCCUGUACUUGGACAUCAUCAACUUGUUCUUGGCGAUCUUGAGGAUCCUCAACAGCCAGCAGAACAACUGA